AUGUUGAUACUGCAACCUCGCUGCAAGAUUCUUUCCCCCAUCGGCCGAAAAAUGGUUCGUUUCCUAUCGCGCGUUGUUCUUCUCCCUUUUCUCGGCCUCUUCUCUUUUUCCUCUUUAGCUAUCCCGCGCCGUGGAAGAGCCGAAUACUACCUAGAAAGAAACUUAAACUUUUUUUUUGUUUUCUUCAUUGCUUUGAUAUUCAUUUUCAUAUAUACAUCAAUGCUUCGCCCCGGCACCGCCUUAGCAGCGGAUGGGCAGGCAAGCGAUGCAGCCUCGCCGACGAUGCCCGCCUCUCCUGUGGGCUCUGCGGGAGCCAUGCCCACUAACGCGAAGACCGCACGCGCGGUGCUUUCCAAGGAAACUACCAUCGUCCGCGGAGGCCUUCUGGGCUGCGUAAAGCAGCGCAUCUUCACCGAUAUGCUCGAUAGCGUUCCUGGCGGUUACAACAUCCUCAUCUGCGACAACAAAGGGGCAGAGAUUCUCAGCAUUUGCGUGCGCAUGCACGACUUGAUGGACCACGGCGUGACCUUAGUCGAGGAUCUCGGACUGCCUCGGCAGCCUGUGCUGAGCAGCGCCGCCAUCUACCUAAUCGAGCCCACCGAGGAGUCGGUGCGUCGGGUGAUGCAGGACUGGUCGCUCAAAAGCACAUACCGCGAGGCCCACGUCUUCUUCACCUCACCAGCGCCCGACAACUUACUUCAGCUGAUGGCAUCUGAGUCGCGUCUGGUGGAGGCGCUAAAGACAUGCAAGGACAUGCUGCUCGACUUCGCCGUUCCCGAGACGCUCCUCUUUUCUUUUGGGAUGCAGGGCGACAUCCAGAAACUCUUUCCUCCAGAUGUGGCUCUCGCAGGCGGCCGCGAGAACAUCCUCGGGCAAACGGCGCGGCGUCUUGUAUCUGUCUUCUUCACCAUCGGCGCCGGCGUGCCCACGGUGCGCUACCAAGGGACGAGCCGACUAGCGCAGCAGGUGGCGCGGCUCUUCGCAGAGCAAGUCAACGCCGCCGCGCGCGGCAACCCAUCCGCGUUCCGCCUGUCCAGUGCAAACGGCGGCGGCGCGGCGCAGCCGGAAGAGCCUCCUCUGCUGAUUCUCGUUGACCGCUCCUUCGACGCCGUCGAGCCCCUCCUGCACGAGCGCACGUAUCAGUGCCUCCUCAACGAUCUGAUGCCGCUGGAAAACGGAAUUUAUCGGCAAACCUUCGAAGGACGCGGCGGCCAAGAAGGCACGCGUAGUUGCCCGAUUGACGAACAGGACCCGUACUGGUGCCAGUACCGCCACCGCUUUUUCACUGCGUGUCUCGAGGACUUUCCGCGGAAGUUGCAGGAGCUCAUCGACGCCAAUCCUGCCUUGGCAAAAGGCAUGAGCGGCAACAUAGCGGCAGGCGGCAACAAACUGGCGGACGUGGGCAGCGCCAUCCGCGCCCUGCCAGAGUUCCAGGAACGCCAGGCAAAGCUCUCCGUGCAUAUUGACAUGUGCACCAAGAUGAUGGAGCUGUACAAGCAGCAGAAGCUCGCGGAGGUGUGCGAGGUGGAGCAGGACAUGGCCACCGGCCGGCACUCUUUUAAGGAGGUGUACGACAGCGUCCACCGUCUCGCCGCGGACGUGUCGCUGCCGCUGCCUGUCCGAGCGCGGCUGCUGCUGCUCCUGUGUGCCGCCACCAACACCCGCGAGUUCACCGAGGCGAAGAAGCUGAUGCUGCUGCAGGAGACGGCUCUCACCAGCGAGGCGGACCGGUGCAACAGCCUGAACAUGUUCAUCUCCCGCAUGGGCCAGCUGCCCCAGGAGAAAGCGGAGGGUGGUGGUGGCAGCGAUAAGGCAAGCAGCCCCAACAACAGAGGCAACACGCUCGGGGUGCUCAUGCGACGCUCCCUGCGCACCAAUCGAACUACAAGGCACGAAACGAAUCCAAGCCGUUCGGGAUCCCCCACGAGUAGCGGCGGCAACAGCAGCGCCGCCGACACGUUCCACAAUCAAGCCUACCUGAUUCUCAAUGCAGCCGUUCACAACACCCUGAGCCCGGCAGACUUCCCUUUCUUCACCGGUGUCAGCGGGGCCGGACUCGCCAGCGUGGCGAACGCGGGUCGGGGCACGGCUGCCGCCGGCGCCGUACAGCGGCGACGCACCUUGCGCUCAGGCGUGUACGGCAACGAUGCGGCGAACCAUACCGGGGCGAUGGGCGGCCCCGAUGGGGAAACAAACGUCACGCUGGAUCUUGGUCAUGAGGGCCAGUAUGCGUUGAAGAGUCGUCAGCGGGUGGUGCUGUUUGUUUUGGGCGGCGCCACGUUUGGCGAGGCCCGCGCAGGCUACGAAAUCUCGCUGCUGACUCGCACGGAGACGAUGGUGGGCGGUACGUCGCUGUUGACGCCUGCAGUGUUUCUGUCGGCGCUGACCUCUUUGCGGUGA